AUGUACUAUGACAAUAAAGUUUCUUCACGACAAAAUCUGGACAUCCCUAAGUACGUAUAUCUCUGGAAAUACUUCAGCAACGUGCAAAAUGUUUCGCAGACUGAUGAACGCCAGUUAACCGAACGGAAUUCAACACAACCUAAAUGCAUGUACAAUUCGGAAUCUGCCUUGCAAGCGGUUUUGAACGCAGUCGAUAAUAACCCGAUCAGCAACACCGGACGACUACAACAUCAGCGACACCCGGUCACGAGUAGCUUGUUUCAACGAAUUUCUCCUUCGUACGGCAAUGUGAUCACCGCACUACCAAACAUACACAAGCAUCACAAGCAACCGCCCGGAGGAGGGAGUGCAAUCGUUGAGUCACUGAAUGCGGCCACAAAGCUGAUUGAAUCGAAGCUGGUCGAAUCGGCCUUGGAGGUGGAGGAGGAGGAGGACGGGGGUGGUGAGUUCCAAGAAGAGCCCUCAGAAGAGUUCCAAAAAGAGUUCACAGAAGAGCCCCAAGAAGAGUCCCAAGAAAAGUCUCAGGUGGAAUCCAAAAAAAGUCUCAAGAAGAGUCCCAAGAAGAAACCCAAGAAGAGCCACAAGAAGAGUUCCAAGAAGAGUCCCACGAGAAGUCCCAAGAAGAUUUCCAAAAAGAGUACCAAGAAGAGUCCCAAGAAGAGUCCAAAGAAGGGUCCCAGGAAGAGUCCCAAAAAAAGUUCCAAUAAGAAUCCUAAGAGCAAUCCCAAGAAUAAUCCCAUCAAAAGUCCCAAUAAGAGUCCCGAGAAGAGUUCCAACAGGAUUCCCAGGAAGAGUUCCAAGAAAAUCUCCAAGAAGAAUCUCAAGAAGAGUUCCAAGAAGAGUCCCAAGAACAAUCCCAAGAAGAAUCCCAACAAAAGUCCCAAUCAGAGUCCCAAGAAGAGUUCCAAGAAGAUUCCCAAGAAAAGACCCAAGAAGAGUCCCAAGAACAAUCCCAAGAAGAAUCUCAACAAAAGUCCCAAGAAGAGUUGCAUGAAGAGUCCCAAGAAGAGUCUCAAGAAGAAUCCCAAGAAGAGAAGACCCAAGAACAAUCCCAAGAAAAAUCCCAACAAAAGUCCUAAGAAGAUUCCCAAGAAGAGUCCCAAGAAGAGUUCCAAAAAGAAUCCCAACAAAAGUUCCAAGAAGAGUCCUGCGAAGAAUCCCAAGAAGAGUCCCAAGAAGAGUUCCAAGAAGAAUCCCAAGAAGAGUUCCAAGAACAGUCCCAAGAAGAGUCCUAAGAACAAUCCCAACAAAAAUCCCAACAAAAAUUCCCAAGAAGAGUCCCAAGAAGAGUUCCAAGGAGAAUCCCAAGAAGAGUUCCAAGAACAGUCCCAAGAAGAGUCCCAAGAAGAUUCCCAAGAAGAGUCCCAAGAACAAUCCCAAGAAAAAUCCCAACAAAAGUCCUAAGAAGAGUCCACAGAAGAGUCCAAAGAAGAGUUUCAAGAAGAGUUCCAAGAAGAGUUCAAAGAAGAGUUCCAAGAGUCCUAA